AUGAUAUUAGUACUUACGCAGUAACAAAAUGAAUUUAUCCGUAGCUAUUGUAUCAAAUGUCAUCUUGGCAUUUUUGGCCUUUUCUACAGUAGCAGCUCAACCCUUAGAUAAAAAAGUACUUAGAGAGAAAGGAAUACAGCUCUUACAGGGAUGCAAAGAAAAAGUAAAGGCUUCAGACACCGACCUGAAACAAUUGAUGUCUCAUUCUAUACCCGAAUCGCCUGAAGGCUUAUGCAUGCUUGAAUGCGUUUUUGACACAUCAAAACUGAUGCAAAACGGCAAAUACAGCAAAAGUGGUUUUAUUCAAGGCCUGCAACCUCUUAUAGGCGAUGACCAAUCCAAGAGAAAAAACGUGGAAAAGCUAGCUUCUGCGUGUGAAAAAGAAAUCGGAAAUGCGGAGCAGGACAAGUGUCAAAUUGCCAAAUUACUGGUGCAAUGUAUUGUAAAAAAUAGUGGUUCCUAUGGGAUAAAUAUUCCUACACCUGGUGCAUAA